CUAGGAGCUCUGGAACUUACUAGAGAUCAGGACGUUACAGGAUGUCUGUGAGUUACAGCAGGUCUGUGAGUUACGGUCGGUCUGUGAGUUACAGCAGGUCUGUGAGUUACGGUCGGUCUGUGAGUUAUGGUCGGUCUGUGAGUUAUGGUCGGUCUGUGAGUUACAGCAGGUCUGUGAGUUACAGCAGGUCUGUGAGUUACGGUCGGUCUGUGAGUUACAGCAGGUCUGAGUUACAGUAGGUCUGUGAGUUACAGCAGGUCUGUGAGUUAUAGUCAGUCUGGAAGCUCCUAUAAUUCUCAGCAAUAUAGGUGAAUUUUCUUGAUUAGUGAAUCACCUUAACCCCAAACCACUAUACAGAUUCCUUUUCUGACAUUUCAGGUUGGCUGUUAAUCAACCACUUGGGCACAGUAUUUCUAUCCACACAGGGAUAAAGAAAUCCCAUUACUCCUAACCCUAACAUUAUGCAUAAAAUUAACCUUGCCCUAACCCUAACCUUAACUAACAUUAUGCAUAAAAUUAACCUUGCCCUAACCCUAACCUUAACUAACAUUAUGCAUAAAAUGCCCUAAGUCCUAACUCUAAACCUAACUAGUAAUGGCUAAACUUUAGAGUAACCCACAUUCUAACUAUAGCCUUUAUACUGUAGGUUUGACCCCAAACCUAAGAUGUAUGUCCUUGUGGGGACGGGCAAAAUGUCCUUAUAAGGGCAGUUGUUUCAUGUUCUACAAUCCUUGUGAGGCCCUCUGGUUAACGAUCUGUUAAACCAAACCCACAUACUCUGGUAAUGCACAACUCUGCCAUUAAAUUACACAUUUAUGCUGAAUUGUUUUGGCCUCCCCCUUUAUCCACAUAUUUCAUUAACCUAAGAGCCUGGACUCAUUAACCCACACACAGACACUCAAGUGAGGUCCAUCAAUUUAGGGGCAUCGUCAUUUUCUAAAGAAAUAAUACUGCUUUCCAUUUUCUGUCAGUGUGAAUACUUUUCUUCAUCUUUCCUUCCUCUUUUCAAUAGCUGACUUGAUUCUUUUCAGUGGAAAACAAAACCAUGUUCUUCCAGGUGUCAUAGUUUCACAGAUGUCUCACUUCCUCCUGGUUUGAUUUAAAGGUUAAAGCAGCUCUCCUGAACACCAACCUAAACCCAGUGAGGAGAGACACAUUCAACUCAGAGAAGGAGGCUGUAGACUGCAUGACUGUUGGCCUCGUUUGUCCUGCUGCAUCAUUUGAAAUUAGAAGCCAUGCUGUGUGAAAGUAUACUGUGGAGUAUGACUUUCUGUCCUGACCAGGAGAGACUGGUCCCUCUCCAACCUGUGAUAGAGCCCACUGGGAGCAGUGAGACGUCUGCCACACAAACAACUGCAGCCCCCCCGGUGUCUGCCCUUCAGGCCUCUCCAGGCCACCCGAGCAGUAAGUGCCACUCCAUCCUCCCUAGAGUGUCCGAAAACCAGAACCCUUCCUCCUCCCGUGCCCAGAUCCAGCCCCAGGCUUCUCCUCCCCUGCCGGCUCUUUGUUCAGGAAGGCCCCGUCCUGGAAGACACAUCUCCCCGCAGAUGGAGAUCCCUGGGCAGGCUUGUUCCGGUGGUGAAGUCCCCUUCCUGGUGCCCUCUUCCUGCCAGAGCAUCUGCCAGAACUACAGCGACCUCCACAUCGGGGGGGACCAGGUGUUGCCCCUCUUGGGCCAUGACGGGGAUCUCCUGCCCUGCAGAGACCCCUUCCUGUAUUCCUGUGACGUCCCCCCUGCGGAGGACUCCCCGCCAGCUCCGGCCUCCGAGGAUGAGCAUCUCCAUCCCCUCCGGAGGCGCUCCGGGUCCUCCCGCUGCAAGGGUGGGAGCGGCCGCGUUCGGAGCUUCCUCCUUCAGGGACGCCAGGGGCCCCUGUCCAACUCCCUGCUCAACCGCUACCUGGAGCACAAGCUGCUGGACCUGUACCAGCAGUACAUGCUGGAGAGCAUGACCCGGGACGCAGGCCUUGCUGGGGCCGACCUGGGACUGCCAGGCUCUCUGCUGGCCUCAGAGCUGAUUAUGACCAGCCUGGAUCAGAUCACCCAGCAGUUGAGCCGCGAAGGACACGUGGAAGCAGGCCGGGCCAAAGACAUGGUGCUCAGCUGCUUUCGGAGGGUGGCCAGUGGUCUAACGUCCAGUGAGAUCAGUACUCCCCUGCUCCAGAUCUCCACUGAUGUGCAGCUCCCCACUCAUGGUGCCCCUACUGCUACUAAUGCUACCACUGCUGCUUAUGCUAAUGCUACUACAGCUGGUAAUGCUAAUGCUAUUACUGCUGAUGCUACUACCGCUGGUGAUGCUAAUGCUACUACUGCUGCUGAUGCUACCACUGCUGGUGAUGCUAAUGCUGCUACUGCUGCUUAUGCUAAUGCAACUGCUGCUGGUAAUGAUAGUACUGCUGCUAAUGCAAAUGCGACUGUGCCUAGAAUCAGCUCAGGGACUGUUUAGCUCCACCGCUGACACCCCAGUUAAAGACAUCCUUUGACCACUGACUGUUGAAACAACAACACUCAGAGGACGUCUUGGUACUAACGUCUAACUAACGCUUGGCUCUCUUCUCUAGCGCUGUAAAGCACCACCUACUACACAUAUCGUUGCUGAAACUCCGAUCUGUUUCUUUUUCUUACUUUUACUUAGAUUCUCAUCCCCUAUGUUCUUUUGUACAGGUUUCUGUUUGGAGGAAGUGAAACUUUCCAAUAACUGCACUGAUAACUGUUUAUUAUAGAUGUUUGGGUGGAAACGUGCUAGAGAAAGGAAACAUCUGUACGGUUGUCACUUUGGUGUCUUUCUGAGGGACCACACACACACACAAGCAGAACAUUUAAGUACUUUUUUCUAAUUCUACGCAAUUUAAAAUCAGAGUGAAAGUGAUUUAACAACAUAAGUUCUGAUUGCAGGUUGUUAACGCUAGACUAGAUAAUUUUUUUACAUGGGGAUGUCAGGACUGAUGUAACUGCAGAACAUUUCUAAACUGUACAUUGUUUAAUGUGUUUGGGGCCGACAAUGUUUUUUUGGCCAAUAAUGACACUAGAAUGUGAGAAGCAUUAAACUGAAUCACAGAAUUUCAACAUUUUAUUGAAUUCAAUAUACAGUGGGUAUAGAAAAGAAU